AUGAGUUCUCGCUCUGAAAAACGCGAAUCACCGGACCAAGUGAAAGUUGCGCUUCGCCGUCUGCCAAAGUAUAUGACGGAAAAGGAGGUUCUUGAACAAAUUAGUCCUCUACCAGAAGAAGUCAUCGAUACAUACUUUCUUCCAGCCAAUCUCGCAUUCGAUCAUGCUGCCUAUGCAACGCUAAUCCUUCUCUUCUCCGAGUACUGUGACUCAAUGAUGGACUUUGAGCGUCGUUUUGACGGCUACAUCUUUGUCGAUUCCCGUGGAAAUGAUUCGACUGCAGUUGUCGAGGCAAGUGUCAACCAGAACUUUGCCAAGUGUGAUCGCCCACGAAUCAAGGAAGACUCUCGCGUUGGUGCCAUUCUCACUGAUACCUACUAUUUGGAGUUUUGUAAAAAAUUGGAAAAGGAGAAGUCGAUUCCGAUUAUGACUCUGGAGCAACAAAUUAGAAAGCUCAAUCAACCGGAAGACAUCAGAACUCAAAUCGACCAUCUGGAGACCCCGCUUGUGAAGUACUUCCUAGAAAAAGAAACCGGCAGACGUCGCGAAGGCGAAGCUCGCAAGCAGCGUCGUGAUUUCAGGAAGGCAGAAAAGCAGAAAAACGUUCUGGAUGUUCUGAUGAAACCAACUGUUGCUGCUUCUACUGCGUCUACAUCAGGUGGUCCGCCGAGAAAAGAGAAUAAAGAAAUGACUGAUAGGGAAAGAGAAAAAUUGGAGAAGAUUGAAGCGAAAAAGAAAGAACGAAAUGCACUUCGGAAGCAACGAUUCCUCGAAGACAGAAAGAAAAAACAACAAGAAGAGCGGGAAGGUCGAGGGGAUGCUGCUGAGAAUCCAAAGCCACCCAGAGAACAUAAGAAAAAGGAGCGUCCAGGUAGAGCACCACGUCCAUCUCCAGCGAAGACUCUCAGUGAGCAACAAGGCGAGGAUUGGAUCAAAAAACUCACUGACCCAAAAGCAGCAAUCAAGAAGAAACACGACAUUUCAGUCUCCACCAAAAUGAAACAGUGCGAUGGCACACGAUCCCAACCAGCACCACCAACUCCAUCUACUCGUUCUGAAAUGCUCGAAGUUCCCGGAAGUCGUGGCGAAGCGAAUCUUGUGGAGAAGUGCAAGCUGUCAAUCCUUCCGGAUCUGUUCAAGAGCUACAACAUUGAGAAAAACGAGGAAUGGCAGCAGAUUGCUAUCUUCGAUUGCCGUGGAAUUGAGCCAUUUGAUUUCGAUCCAAGGGAUGAUUGGAUUGCCAAUAGUGUCGACACUGGAAAAGCGUUCCGUGAAAUUGAUCUUUCCGAAAAGGAAUGGGUCGACUUUGAUGACAAAGCGAUGGAGGCUGUUGAAAUCGGAGAAAUGUCGAUUCAGUUCACCACUGUUCGUGAUCCAAAGAAGAAGUGA